CUCAUGGCUGCUUCCUAGUUCUGAAAGAACCAUUCAUGGGGGAGCCAAACCCUAGAGCCAACGCCGACGACACGUCAGGAAAAUUGGCAAACCCACCAGCCACUCCACCACCUCCACCACCUCCCCGUCCGGUAUCUCUACUCCAACCAUCCCAGAAAAAGAAACAGAAGUCCAAGGUCUUUCGUGCCUUCCGCUCUGUCUUCCGUUCUUUUCCAAUCUUAACUCCUGUCUGUAAGUUCCCUACACUCUCAGGCGGCUUACCAGAUCACACCCACCGCGGCACCUCCUCCGGUAAUCGUAUCACUGGCACGUUAUUUGGAUACCGUAAAGGUCGUGUAAGCCUUUCCAUGCAAGAGAACUCAAGGUGUCUACCAGCGUUGGUGGUGGAGCUGGCCAUGCAAACCAGUGUGCUUCAGAAGGAGAUGGCUUCUGGAAUGGUUAGAAUUGCACUUGAAUGUGAGAAGAGAUCAGAGAAGGACAAGAUGAAGCUUCUUAAUGAGCCCUUAUGGACCAUGUAUUGUAAUGGCAAGAAGAGUGGUUAUGGGGUCAAGAGGGAAGCAAGUGCUGAGGAUUUAAACAUCAUGGAGCUCCUCAAGGCUGUGUCGAUGGGUGCUGGCGUUUUGCCUGGGAACUCAGAGGUUGAGGGCCCAGAUGGGGAAUUGGCUUACAUGAGAGCUCAUUUUGAACAUGUUGUGGGCUCUAGGGACUCUGAGACGCUUUACAUGUUGAGCCCAGAAGGGAAUAAUGGGCCUGAGCUCAGCAUAUUCUUUGUAAGGAUCUGAUCAGAUUGACAAUUCUUUUGUGAAGCUUUGAUCUUACAUCGACGUGGUGUGUCGUAGCGUGCAUUACCGUCGUGCACGUUACCUACUGGUGGAUCAUCACGGCACGUGUGGAGGAUAUUCUGUCAAAGAGGUGGGUAGAUUGGCAAACCAAAAGGACCAUACAUUACAAGGUGGGAUUAGUGUGUCUAGUUAGAUUAUAGAAUUGAGGGGCAGGGGAGGAUAGAGAGUUUGAUGGCUUAGGGCAUCCUAUCAGGAGUAUCAGAUUAGGGUUUAGAUUUUUUUUUUUAAAUUAAUUAAUUUAUUUAUUUAUUUUCCUUUUCAUUGGUUUUGGGUUCCUUUAAAUGAAGACAAUAAUUUUUUUUUUCUUUCUCCCUUUUUCUGUACCCAGUACUCACUAAUGGAAAAUGAUAGGGAAUAUUGGUAGCUAGCUUUAUAGUUCUCAUGUGUAAUUGUAUGAGCCUGCAAUC